GUAAUGGUUGUGUUGAUUAUAUUUCUUGUUCUUCUAUAAAGACCCCUUUCUCUGGUUGUUUAUUCACUACAAACCUUGCAUUUACUUUGUUAUUAAUUCAUGUGACUUGAGGGAAGUCUACUCAGUGUGACUCGAGACAAGGCUAUACAAAGUAUUGAUUUUUCUAGUGGAGCCAAAAAUAGUAUUGAUUUAUGGAGCUGUGAUUUUGAACUUGUAUUUUGUGAAUAUUUCUUAGUCAAGGAAAAUGAACAUUAUGUUUAGAUUUUAAAGAAGAAUUAUGCUUAUCUUGAUUAGAAAUGUGUAUUAUCAAAUUAUUUGUCAUCAUAGGUUUGGCUUUAGAUCACUUUUGUGGAUUGUUCACUUGACGUGAACUGCACGUUGUUAAUUCACAGCUCCCAAACCAUGCGGUCGCGGCAAGGCCUAGGCUAGGCAGUGCCUGCCCGAUCUUUACAGGUGGCCCCACCUGGGCCGAUUCAGUUUGAAUAAACAAUCAGAGCAAGGGAGAUCCAGUUUCGGUGUGAGCACUCACUCCAACAAAGAACCUGCGUGCCCCCCUCUUCCCUUACUCCAGAACCAGACCAGAGCCCCCCUUCCCUGAAGUCCCCGCGCUAGAAGGCCCCCCUCACAAGCGUAGUCGGCAGGAUGGUUGGAGUUGAGCCCAUGCUGAGCACCUGAUAAGACUGAGGAGAGCUGCUGGAUCCCCGGUCUACGUGUCAUCGCGACUCAAGUAUUAGUAUUUUUGUUGUAAUAGUUAUAUUCACUGAUCUGAGUGAGUUAUUGUUUUCUGUAUGGAGUAACAAUCAAACAGCUUAACGAAUCGUUAAUUGAUCAUACAUAAGGUGACUGUGUAAUUCAAGUGUUAAUAAUUUUGUGUAAGUAACUGCCAAAUUACACAGGCCUACAAUUGCUGUGUAAUCCCAAGUGUUCUUUAUCACUGAGUGUUAAGUUUGCUGGUUUAGUUUUGAAUUAAGGUGCACAGUGCACAUCCAGUGUGAUUCAAGUAUUAAUAAUUUUGUGUAUUAACUGCCAAAAUACACAGACCUACAGGUGUUGUGUACGCCCAAGUUUUCUAUAUUGGCUGACUGCUAAAAUUGUUUGUUAUUGUGUUUACCUAACUUUAGAGUUGCACAUCAUAUUUACGAGAGAAAAGUUAGCUAAGUGUGUUAGCUUGGUUUUGUGUCGAUUGCUUGUGUACUGCCCAUUUUGCAUCUCAUAAGGGUGUUCAGUCUGCUUAUUGGGAUUGAAAGAUAAGGAAAGUUUAUUUUAAUUUUGCAAAUUGUAAGACACAGACACAACAUUUUUUGGUGUUUAUUGCAGUAUAAAAAAAAAAGGUGUUUAUUGAAGUUGGAUAUCAAUUAUUUCAAGUGUUACCCGUAUUGCUGUAAAAGUUGCCCUGUCUGUUAAGAUUGACAAGGAGAAACAAAACUUUACUUGCAUUUUGCAAAUUUUAAGAUCUUGCAAAUUUUAAGACAUUGAUACAACUUGUUCUGCAGGUUAUUUUAAAGGUGUUGACAUAGUUUUCCACAUUUGUGUGUGUAUACCAUUGUUGUGGAAAUUGACACAGACUUUUGCACUAAUUGUGAUUUGUAUUUUUCUGCAAACUACCAUUCAGUCAAUCGUUCUACAUUUUUCAUUGUAGAGAAUUGCAUAUUUUGCAGUAUUUUUCCCCUUCCCAACUAUUAUGGCCUCCUACGUCAAGGUGCAAGGGACUGGGCAUGUAAAUCGGUUCCCUUUGGAUGAUGCUGGCUCCCUCAACCUGGCAGUCCUACAAGCCCAGUAUCCUACUGCUAGAGGACUUCUUUACUCCGAAGACGACUGCAAAGUGGUGGUGCCGGCUCAACAGGGUAUUAUCAAACCACCGGCUGAUGGGUGGAGUGAGCGCCUCUAUUCGGUUCUCCUUCCGGAGCCAACUACCCCUCCUACAAAUGAGAAGGCGAUCCUCGACAUCCAGUCUCAGCUUAUGAAGCUGCUCCUUAAACCCCAGACCCAGUUGGUGAUGGCGCCUGAAAGGAAGAUGUCAACAUUCGAAGGCAAAGUAGGCGAGGUGAGGGAAUUCAUCACGAACAUGGAGAAUGCUUUCAAGCGGUAUUCAGUUCCAGAGGAUCAGCAAGGAGCAUUUCUUCUGGAUUACCUCCGAGGUGGCCCGAAAGCAGAGGUGAAGGCUCUCCUAGCUGAACGAAAGACGAUUGGGGAGAUCAUGACGUUUCUGCGAGAAUCUUACCGUGAUAAGCUACCCGUGGGUGAAUUGCAACGGCUGUUCCUUGAAAGAAGACAGAAUCCAGGGGAGCCUAUCCGAGACUACGCGGUUGAUCUUGAGAAGCGCUUCUUGCGUCUCACCCGAAUGGAUGCUAAGCUGUAUUCUAAGCCCGACUCAACUCUUGCUGAACAAUUCAUCGAGGGAAUUGAUGACUUGUACCUUCGCAAUUCCUGUCGGGAUCUGUACGAACGGGGUACCAUCGAGACGUUCCGUGAGCUGAGGGAGUACGCCAUCAAGCGGCAAGGGCGAGAGGAAUCCCGAAGCAAACCCAGCGACGUGUACAGUGCGGCUAUCCAAACGUCAGCACUUCGAGCGGUUGCCAACGAAGUUGUUGAUGCAGUUCGUCAAUUGACGCAACCAUCCUCUGGCCAAGCCCCGAUGACAUCCGCAAAUCCGCCAACCUACCCCCGUGGGCGAGGAUGUUUUAACUGUGGCAGGCACGGCCACAUAGCUCGCUUUUGUAGAAGUGAUCGAAGAUCGGCCUACCAGUGGAGGAGCGAUAACACUUACUCCCGCCAGCCAAUGCCAAACUACGUGGAGUCGCCUGCCCAGAAUCAGAUGCCAACCCACCACACGCAGCAGUACAUGAUGCCACCAUAUCCCCAGAGCUUUGGUCCUAAUCCUCACCCAUUUAUGCCCAAGGAAGAACAGCAGAUGGCAGCACCAUCCCACACAGAGGCGUUAAACCGCAAUCCUCCGCUGUAGGGAGCCGUACCGUGGAGAUUAAUGUAGGCUCAAUUGGAGAGACUACUCCAGAAUUUAUGCAGAAGGCUGUUGGAGAAUGUUUUGCUGUUGAUGU